UCUACGGAAAAGAUUCGAGAACGCAUGUGAUGUGUGUGAUCAAAGCAUACAGGUUGAUAAAGCGGUGUUGGAAUGCAGCGAUUGUAAGAGAAUAAUUCAUGCUAGCUGCAAAGAUUGGCUUCCAGUUCCGUGCGUGCCACCAUCAAUCGCUAAAGCGGGAGACAUCUCCGAUUAUACACCUGUCAAUGCACCAUACGUACCAUUUUUGGUAAUGGAAUGUAUAUCCAGAGUUGAAUUCCGUGGUGUAAAGAUGAAUUUUUUGUACAGAAAAGAUGGCGACGUCGCCAAAGCCAGAGCAUUGGUUAGACGGUACCUUGCAAACAAAGAAACGCUGGACUUAAGCGACGUCGAUACAGAAACAAUUACCUUGAUUUUGAAACUAUUUUUGGCAUCGUUGAACGGCUCACUAAUCACCGAUGAUCUCCGGGAUGAUUUCAUUAAAGCAUCUCGGAUUCGUGGAUCAAGAAAGAGGCAUGAAACACUUCACGAUGUCGUGGAAAGACUUCCUCCGUCGAAUCACGAUACUCUUAUUUUUCUCCUCGAACAUCUACGCCAUAUCAUUGAUGCAGGAAAUCGCAAUAUUUUGAAUCGUCUCGCUGAAGUUUUUGGGCCCAUUGUAGUCGGUGGGAGCUCCCAAUAUCUAACUCCGUCGUUGUUCAUGAUCUCACGAGAAGAUCAAAUUGAGGUUUUUAAAAGCUUGUUGGAACUGGAUUUUUCCGAGGACGAAAACCUAGCGUAAUCUUCUUCCUCUGUGAAAAUGCACACAAUUGUCUGCAAAGAAAUAAAGGAAUUCCUUGAAAUU